GCCCGACGUCAUCACCUUUCUACGCGCCGACGCGUCUUGCCGCUCCUUAGCUUUCUCCGAUCGCGCUCUCUCCCCCAAGCAUGGACGGCGGCAGGUCGCCCCGCUGUCAGAUGUCGCUCGCACUCGGUCGCGUCGACGUCAUGGCAGGAUCCGCGUUCGCGUUCGAUUCCCGGGCGGUGGCGCGUACUUGUACUCGCGCCGUCUGGUCGCGCCGCCGCCCAGCCGUCCGUUCGAGCUCUGGUCGCGCCACCGCCCGUCCGGCGCGCCCCGCGUGACGUGACGCGAGUUGAACCAGAAUGCUUCCUAAUUGGGUGGGAUUGAAAAGUUUCGCAUGUACGACCUCCUCACAGUCCUAUCUCGCCAUCCGCUGCACCCACCGCCUUCGGACAAGCUGCGCUGGGAGCGCAUCCCCCAAACUAAGAGGUUUCUCAAGUCUCAGCCCCCUGCUGGCACCCCUUCCCUUCUUAUCCCCUCCGAAGCAGGCUGGGGAGCGUGACAUUGGGCUCUGAAUUAUUG